AUGUCUUUGGCAAAAAGUUCGCUUUGCAAGUGUCUCAAGGGCCCCGCAGACAGUACCGGUAAAACUACUCAAUCAAUACCUCAGGAUGCAGAAAAACCCUGUUCUACUAUUACACACCGGCUAAAGCUCGCCCAAGCAUAUAAAGAGCUUGGCUAUCCGGAUCUUGCUGUUGGUGAUGCGUACAAAGCACUUCUGUUGAUUGAUGAGGUCGUUGGGGAAGGCGAGUAUCAUGAGGAAGCCUCAGAUGCCGCCGCCCUCGACUAUACCUCGCAACAAUUGGGCCACAUAAAUAUCGAAGAUGAAAGCGACAGUACACCUGCUCCACUUGACUCCAUUUUAAACUGGGUUCAGGUGUCCUGUCUAAGAGACACCUACAUUCUUUUGAUUAAGAGCCUGCAAAUUUGUGGUUGCUUACGGAGUGCCUUCGAUUACAUUUCACGCGCAAAAAAAGCCUUUCCUGAAGACAAACUGUUUGAGGAUUUUCACAAGUCCUUGAUGGACCGUGUGCGCAUUGCCCUAGGGGUUCAAGAAGAUACUUUAUCCUCUAUUGACAUCGACGACUUUCCGGAAAAAGGUUUCGUUCGUCGAGAACAAUAUCCAUGGAACCACCAUGAACCGGACCGAUUCUCUGAGGCUUGCCUGCAGUCUCUAAAUGAACAAUUGGAAGAUAUCGCACCAAAGUUGGAGGUCCGAAUCUCUGAGUUACCAGUGUUGACUCACAGCAGCAACGCACUAAACGCAUCAAAGUCUCAGGCGCAAUUUACCAAACAGUUAGGUCUGUUUGCAAAGGAAGAUAUACCACCUGGAGAACAGAUCCUCGAGGAAAAGUCUCUAUUGACUGCUGUUCUGAGAUUCCAUGAAUCUUACUGCGAUGCAUGCAGCAUUUUGCUACCCAAUCCCCACGGCGAAGCUACUGCGAGUGAAACAAGCAAUAUGACCGUCGGUUGUGAUGAGUGCGAUGAGGUGUAUUUCUGCAGCAACGAUUGCCACGAUCUAGCCCAAGAAAGCUACCAUCCCUCAAUAUGUGGUGUGACGGUGGACCAGGGCACAAUACCGGCAAGUGAAGCUGCCGAUCAUCUUUAUACCCUUCUCCUUGUACGUGCAUUAGCACUGGCGGAAACCCAAGAGUUACAUCCUUUGGAGCUCAAGGAACUGCGCUACAUCUGGGGAGAUUACCAUGGGUGUGAUCUUGACUCUACCUGGCAAGUAGACGCUACAGAAAUGCCCGUCAAAGCAUUCGGCACAGUGCCUUGUACGCUCCCAUUUUCAUUCAAGAGCAAUGUCCUCAUGCCACUCCAUGUGCUAGAGAAGAUGGAUAUCAAUAUCUUCACCGAAACUGAAAGAUACGACACGUGGAUAUUCAACACCCUUUACGCAAAAUUCCGAGGGACCGCAUCUGCUCGACAGGGCCUGGAUGGAAAGCCCGACACCAGUGCAGUACAUCCAAUGUGGUGUCUAGCAAAUCAUAGCUGUGACCCCAACGUUGCUUGGGAUUGGCAAGGCACUAUGCGUUUCUGGACCCGCGAUCAGCGCAUAGAGUGGGCAGGUAGAGACUCCAAACAGGAACCUGGGCUUAGGCAAGGCGAGGAGGUUUUUGGCCACUACUGCGACAUUACGUUGCCUGUCAAAGAGAGACGGGAAUGGGCUGCUGGGGCACUUGGGGGAGACUGCAUGUGCCCGAGGUGCAUUUGGGAGGAGAUGGAAGAAGCAAAAUGCCAUGCUGCGGAGACAGGAAGGUGA